AUGUUGCCGGUGGAAGUAUCGAGUUCUGAACCACGAGACGUGGGACAGCUUGAAAGGACGUACUUGCUGACGGUUAAGCUAUGUGGGUAUCUUAUAUUCACGGCCAUUGGGCUAUUGCUUGAUUUCAAGAUGGAGACGGGUGAAGUUGGAGGGAGUAAUCCCAAUUCCAUUCUACUGAGGUAUUCAGUUUUAUUAACGUUUAUUGUAUUAGGGGUUUGUUUAAUGAGUAUAAUGGUUAAUUCGGUUAAUUACUGGUUGACGGUGCAUCGGUAUGCGAAUCACUCUAUUUUAACCAAAAAUUAUAAUAUAAUGAGUAUUAGUUCGAUGAGUUUAGUGUUUAUUGUAUUUGCUGGGGUUAAUAUUGUAUUUUUAUACUACGGAUUUGCAGAUGGAUGA